CUCCAAGCGCGUCACUUCACAAACUACCUUUUUCUUUUUGUACUCGUCCUUGUCCCCAAUCUCUUCACCCUAAUAUUUUCGCGCGCUCCAUAAAUCGCGCACGUUAGCACUACCGUAAAGCAGCAAAACCCUCACUAUCUAUGAUGGAAAAUCACAUCGGACUUUUGAAGCUCCAUCAUGGCGUCAACUGGGUCGUCCUCAUCGCACCGUACGUCACUGCACAUAUGGGAACCGUACCACAACCACCACCACCACCACCACCACCACCACCGAUGGGUUACCGGUUUGACCCGAAUAUCAAGCUGAGUCCGUCAAUGGCGAUCAUUCUCGUCUGCCUCCUUACAGUCUUCUUCCUCCUUGGCUGCUUCUCCGUCUACAUCCACCAGAUCAUCGAGCGCCGACUGUUCCGAAACUUCCCCUACGGCGGAGGAAGGCCGCAGCCGGAGGCGGCGGGUGGCGUCGACCCUGCUGCGAUCGACACUUUUCCGACGUUUAAGUACUCCGAAGUCAGACGGCUCAAGAUAGGCAGUGUCGCGCUAGAAUGCGCCGUGUGCAUAAGUGAGUUCGAAGACGACGAGACUCUUCGGUUGUUGCCGAAAUGUAGUCACGUGUUCCAUUCUCACUGUAUCGACGCCUGGUUGGUUUCUCACGUCACGUGCCCGGUUUGCCGAGCCAACCUCGUUCCCGAACCCGGUGAGCUAUAUCCUACUAUGAAAACACUGAGUCGCGACUCAGACAGUGAACCGGGUUUUUCGGACCGUUCAUCGGAAAUAGUUGCAGCGGCCAAUGAUUUAAUCAUACGCGUACCAUCUCCUGAUGUGAUUAAUCCUAAUCAGAACCGUUCAUUUCGUGGUCAAAUGUCUUCUACAUCACACUCGACCGGCCGCUUACCGGUCCAACCGGAUGUGAAUUUUGAGCGGUUCACACUGAAGUUACCAGAGGAGGUACGCAACCGGUUGUUGUACUCGAGCUUGACCCGGACGACGAGUUGUGUGGUGUUUCCUAGAGAGAGGAGCUUGAGGAAGGGUUUUAGGAGUACAAGUGUGGGAACCGGUCGAGGAAGGAAUCAUUUAUUCUACGAGCGGUUUGAUAAGGAAGGACGGUCGGACCGGUGGGGGUUUAGCAUGACACCGUCAUACUUGUCACGGUCCGGUUCGGCUAGGGGUUGGUUUAAUCGUUUGUUUGCGAGGACCGACAAGGAUAAUGUUGGAGAACGGUCGACUGAUGGGCUAAGACAGGAUGGUGAAAAUUAGGGACAAUUUCUUACUAUUUUGCAAUUUAUAUUUUUAUUUUUUUCCGCAUAGCUUAAAAAGCUGAAAGUUUUUUCAGCUUUUGAGAUUGUGUGAUGGUCCUGAUGGACUAAUGUACAGUAGAAAGAUUUUGGUAUAUUAUAUAAAGACUCCCUUCAAAUAAAUAAAAA